UCUCUAUCUCUUUCUCUCUCCCCCUCGCCCCGCCUAAUGGAGUAAUAGUACACCACAGGCGAAGGCCCAGUCUAGUUUCAUGACUCUCCAUAGCUUCCAUUCCUCUAUGUUUCUCUCUCUCUAAGCUUCCCGGAGUUCUCUUUUCUACAUUAUUUUCGCCCCUUUUCAUCACUGCUAAAGCAACGACGCUGAGGGAGUUCUGAUCCUCGAAAUAAGAAAUUGCAGGUGAUCGGGAUUACUGAUGGAAGAUACAAUGCUAAUGGAGACGGAUGGCCGGUCACAGAUUUGGUUGGUUUGAUCUGAUUUAAGACUGUUUAUCAUAUCUGAUGGACUCAAAAACUAGUGCUAGAGCUGCCCAGAAACAUCAUCAUAAGACGGCUGGGAUUCAAACAAUAGAGGCAAAAGACAUCAAAUCUUCAAAGACUGGGAAAUCUGAACUGGCUGCGCCAGAAGAUUUAUCAAAAUAUGUUCAGGACUCGUUGAAGCAGUACACUGGAGACGCUUCUGAAAAGAAGAAGCUAGGGAGUUCAAACCCAAAGGAGUCUGCUGAUUCCUUGAUUAGUAAAUUUGGUUCUUCUGUUUCCUUAUCUGUUAAUGAACAACUAUCUGGAGGAGUUGACCAUGUUGUUAAUGGGAAUAGAGGUUUGCAGGAAAGCUCUAUUGACCAAGAAAAGAAAACAUUAGAAUAUGGAAGUGUGAAGAGUAGUUCUGUUUCUGCUAAAGUUAGUGAUGGGGCCAGCAGCCUGGCAAAGACCAGUGGAAGUGCCAAGAUUAGUGAUCGAGUUGAUCUUGUUGAGAGUGGCAAGAGUAGCAUUUGCAGAGGAAGUACAAGCAGUGAUGUGAGUGAUGAGAGCACUUGCAGCAGCUUUAGUAGCAGUGUCAACAAGCCUCACAAGGCAAAUGACUUGAGAUGGGAAGCUAUUCAAGCCGUCCGAGCUAAAGAUGGAGUUUUGGGCUUAGCUCACUUUAGACUACUGAAGAGGUUGGGUUGUGGGGAUAUUGGGAGCGUUUAUCUCUCAGAACUGAGUGGAACUAAAUGUUAUUUCGCAAUGAAGGUAAUGGAUAAAGGGUCUUUAGCUAGUCGUAAAAAGCUGCUUCGUGCUCAGACAGAAAGAGAAAUACUGCAAUCACUUGAUCAUCCUUUUCUCCCGACAUUGUAUACCCAUUUUGAGACAGAGAAGUUCUCAUGCUUGGUAAUGGAAUUCUGCCCAGGUGGAGACCUGCACACUCUCAGGCAGAGGCAGCCAGGGAAGCAUUUUCCUGAGCAAGCAGUAAAAUUUUACGUGGCAGAGGUGCUGCUGGCGUUGGAGUACCUCCACAUGCUUGGCAUUGUCUACCGUGAUCUCAAGCCAGAAAAUGUCCUUGUUAGGGAUGAUGGGCACAUUAUGCUCUCAGACUUUGACCUUUCCCUCCGUUGUGCCGUUAGUCCCACUCUUGUUAAAAGUUCAGUCAUGGAAUCUGAUCCUUUAAGGAAGAAUCCUGUAUAUUGUGUGCAACCUGCGUGUAUUGAACCGCCUUCCUGCAUCCAGCCAUCCUGCGUUGCUCCUACAACAUGCUUCUCACCUCGGCUCUUUUCUAGCAAAUCAAAGAAGGAUAGGAAACCCAAAACUGAAAUUGGAAACCAAGUGACUCCAUUGCCUGAGCUCAUUGCUGAGCCUACCGAUGCACGAUCCAUGUCAUUUGUUGGAACCCAUGAAUAUUUGGCACCUGAGAUCAUCAAGGGAGAAGGUCAUGGGAGUGCGGUUGAUUGGUGGACUUUUGGAAUCUUUCUAUAUGAGCUUUUGUUUGGUAAGACUCCUUUCAAGGGUUCUGGGAACCGAGCUACGUUGUUUAAUGUUGUAGGCCAGCCUCUCCGAUUUCCAGAAGCACCUGUUGUAAGUUUUGCAGCAAGGGAUCUCAUAAGGGGGCUGCUUGUGAAGGAACCCCAGCACAGGUUGGCAUAUAAACGAGGCGCCACUGAGAUAAAGCAACAUCCCUUUUUUGAAGGUGUGAAUUGGGCACUUAUUCGCUGCGCCACCCCACCAGAGAUCCCAAAGCCUGUAGAGUAUGAGAAGAUACCUUCCCCAGCCUCAUCAGCGGCCGAAAAGGCCAGCAACCAUAUGUCAAUUGCCGAUCAGAAAGGCUCUGGUAAUUAUCUUGAGUUUGAUUUCUUCUAGUGUUAGAGACAGAUAUUGAUGAUUGCAAAAUGGUUUCUGUUGAAAGAAAGGGGGGAGGAACUGUUUUUCAAUGUUUAAAGAACAGAUGAUGAGGAAUUGUAUGUUUUGUUUUUGUUGGCUGUUUCUUGUUUCACAAGUUGUAUGGCAUAUAAUUAAUGCAUGGCUUCUCUGUCAUCGGUGAAAGCAUAAAGGAAAAUGCCCCUUUUGAACUGCCA